AGAUGAUAGGCCCAGAAAUGUGACCAUGUGGUGAGAGAGUAAAGCCCAAAAUCAAACAAAGUGUUAUUUUUUUUAACGCGUCUACACGCUGGAAUUAGAAUGCACGGCAGUGAAUGAGAAAAAACAGUCACCGUGAACGCCUUCAUGCGCUUCAAAUUAGAAAGCAAGUCUUAUUUUUCUCUUGCAUUUGCGCGAAUUUAGUGUUGAUACGUUUAGCUACCAGUGCCAAUAAUACAUAUUUAAAAACAAUAACGUUAUGCCUAGCUUUGUUAUUUCGAGCACAGGCAUAUAGCCUAGAGAGGCUACGGCUGGGAAACUCCAGGAACUCUGUACUGUUGUGUUGAAGGAACGAGACGAGCUAAAUUCUUUAUAAACUGCUAAAUUGUAUUAGCUACAACUCUUCUCGCGUUCAUGAGCCAACAUAACAGCAGGUAGGUAUGGUGGCUCCCGUAGGACAUAUAAGGGCGAGGGGGCCGCUCGUUCCCCGUGGUAUAGUGAAGGAUGAAUGCCACUCUGUUCCAGCCUAACUGAGAACGAGGGAGCAACAGAGGAAGAGGAGGAAGAGGUGGAAAGAGGAGAGGAAUAAGUAAAGAAGAAGAUAUUGAGAUCUGUACUCUUGACAGGGAUCACCUCCUCUUCACCUCUGGACAAAAAUUUCUCUCUGUUUGUCUCUCUCUCUCUCUCUUUUCCUCCAUCACCGACAUUGUUCACUGCAGCGGCUCUACCUCUCCUAGACUUUGAGCCGUGAAGGGGCUCUAACACACAAGCACACAAGCACACACACACACACACACACACACACACACACACACACACACACACACACACACACACACACACACACACACACACACACACACACACACACACACACACACACACACACACACACACACACACGUUUGGUCUGUGUCCUGUUGAUCUGCUGAUGCUGGUUAGCCUGCCUGCCUGCCUGCUCGCUCCUUCCCAAUCUCCAGAUCAUGAAGAGGCCCAAGCAGCAGACUCAUCCCCUCAGCUUCCUCUCCUUCUUCAGCCGGAAGCCUAAAUCCGACCCCAGGCUUGAGAGGCCUGCUGGGGCCCACAACAAGGAGGAGGUCUCCAUCACUCUCACACCCAGCGAACAUGCAGACCAGGACCAGAACAUCACAGCCGAAGAGGGCGGGAUCGAGCAAGGCGACUUCGAGGCGGCAUCGUCAGGGGUGACGGGUGACGACCCUGGCGCUGCGGUGGAGGCGGAAUGCUGCGGGGGCGGAGCCAACAGCUCUUCCACAGGUGUCCUAUCCCUCUCCUCUUCCAGCCAGGACCAGCUAUUGGACGAUCACCACUUGGAGGAGUGUCCUUUAUGCCUCCUGAGCCAACCACGAUGCCGGUUCCCUCGCCUUUCUUCCUGUUCCCACCGGGCCUGCUAUGACUGCCUGAGACAGUACCUGAAGAUCGAAAUCUCAGAGAGCAGGGUGGGCAUCGCCUGUCCGCAGUGCCCCGAGGCGUUUGCGCCUCAAGAUGUGCGCGCCAUCCUGGAUGACCUGACGCUGCUGGAGAGAUUCGAAGAGUACCAGCUGAGACGGUUUCUGGCAGCCGACCCGGACACACGCUGGUGUCCUGCACCCGACUGCAGCUUUGCCGUGAUAGCGUACGGCUGUGCUGAGUGUCCUAAGCUAAGCUGCGGGCGUGAGGGCUGCGACACAGAGUUCUGCUACCACUGUCGGCAGCUGUGGCACCCCGACCAGACGUGUGACCAGGCUCGACGCCAGCGAGCACGCCACACUUCCGGGGGAAAUGAUGCCUCCACACUAUACGUCUUCAACGAGGAGCCUGGAGGAGAGUCAGAGGAGAUCAAGGCGUGUCCUCGUUGUGGGGCCUACAUCAUGAAGACCAACGACGGCAGCUGUAACCGGAUGAACUGUACCGUGUGCGCCUGCCAGUUCUGCUGGCUGUGUAUGCAAGAGAUCACCGACGUGCACUACCUCAGUCCCUCAGGUUGUACGUUCUGGGGGAAGAAGCCGUGGUCUCAGACCCGGAAGGUGCUGUGGCAGGUGGGCAUGCUGCUCGGCGCCCCAGUAAUCAUCUCUCUCAUCGCUGGCAUCGCCAUCCCCGUCAUCAUAGUGGGCAUUCCCAUUUACAUGGGCCGCAAGGUCCACGGUCGCUGUAAGAAGAACAAUAUCUCAGGUAGUAAACAUUACCUAACGGUGGCCAGUGGCGUCAUGAUGUCCGUGUUCGUGUCGCCCGUCAUAGCUGCUGUCACUGUGGGGGUGGGCGUCCCGUUGAUGUUGACGUAUGUCUAUGGGGUCGUCCCCAUGUCGCUCUGUCGGAAUGGAUGGUGCCGGCCGCAGAACGAGCCCCCAGAAACACAUAAGAUACAACUGGAAGACCUAGCCAGCUAUCUUCUAUUCUCUCAUGUAGUCAGCGACCACUGGCCGGGGCCGGGCCCAAGAGGCCAGACCAACCCCGCCCUCAGCGACACCAGCGUCCAGGAAGUCCUACAAGAUGUUAGGGUCAGCGUACAGGAAGUUGGCGUGCUCCCCAGCACCAGCAGUGCUGCCACGCCCCCGGAACCAGAUGCAUGCACAGGAUUGGACAAGCAUCAGAUGCGUCAUGUUUAUACGCAGCAGGACAGCCAAUCAGACUGCGAAGGGGUUGGGGGUGCUGGGAUGCUGGAUAAUACACAGACAUUCUCCUUGCGGGAGGGAACGAACAUUGAGGUGCGUGUAGAGAUCGAGGCCCAUCCACGAGGCGCACGUCAGUCCAGCCUCAGUAGCAUCCUGUCCAGUCGCAGCCUAUCAGCUGAGUCCCUGGGUCGAGCACACUCAGUAGGCCGCGCCCACUCGCAAGAUCACCUGGGCCACGCCCACUCCCAGGAACAUCUGUGUGCCUCUGAACAUGAAGAAGAGAGCGGAGAAAAGGAAAGAGGAGGAAGAGAGGGAGAAAGCAGGGACCACCUGCAUGUUUUUGAGACGGACAAUGUCUGAGCUCCGCCUACUAUUUAGGUCACACCCCGUUUCCACUACAGGCUCCUCCCACCAGCUGUCUUCCUGCUCCACUGUCUAAGAGUCGGGGACAUGGAGAGAGAGAAAAGGAGAGAUGGAAAAAGUGUGUUUGUGAAAAAUAGACAAAAUAAAGAGGGCCGCUUGCCAACACAGAUGCAUCAAAACAAACCAGAAAUGACUGAAAGCAUGUUGAUUGACUAGUUUUGUGGGUGUUAGCCUCACUUUACUGUGUCCUUUCAGAAGAGAAUGCCCCCCCCCCCUCCCAAUCUAACACUGGUCUAUUUAAAUGAUUAUUUAAAUAAAAAUUAUUACCAAGCCCCUUC